AUGACAGUAUCAUUUGAUAAAAGAAUAGUUGUUAGCGGCGGAGCUGGGUUCAUUGGUAUACAUUUCUUAUGCUAUAUGGUAAAGAAAUAUCCCAACUUUCAUUUCACUUGUAUUGAUAAGCUAAACUAUGCUAGUAAUGCUACUGAAAUCGAAAAUCUUAAGAGUUUCUCAAACUUUGAAUUUGUUCACUUGGAUUUAUCAGAUAAUCUAGAAUACCUUCUCAAAAUCACUAAAAACACUACCGACAUUAUAAACUUUGCAGCAGAAUCAUCAGUUGAUCGAUCAUUUAAAGAUCCGGUAUAUUUUACCAAAAAUAAUAUACUAGCUACUCAAAACCUAUUGGAAUGUCAUCGACUAAAUCCAAGCAUUGGGUAUUUUUUGCAUAUUUCUACUGAUGAAGUUUAUGGAGAUGUUUAUGAAGGUGACAAUAAAGAGAAUGCGGUCAUGAACCCAACUAAUCCAUAUUCUGCAAGUAAAGCAGCUAUUGAUUUAAUAAUCAAAUCAUAUCAAUAUUCAUAUAAAUUGCCAAUAACAAUACUUCGGCCUAAUAAUGUUUAUGGACCAUUACAAUAUCCUGAAAAAAUCAUCCCAUUGACUAUACAAUGUAUAAACGAAAAGAAACCAAUUCCAGUUCAUGGCAAGGGAACCAAUAAAAGAAAAUACUUGUACGUUCUUGAUAUUGUGUUGGCUAUUGAAACUGUGUGGAUCAAAAACCCCAUGACAACAGUUAAUCAAAUCUAUAAUAUAGGAGGUACAGAUGAAUUGGAUAACCUAAGUUUAAUCAAACUUAUAAUGGAAAUAUUUGGCCGUGGUGAAAUCCAAUUUAUCAAAGAUCGAAAUUACAACGAUACUAAUUAUUCCAUAGACACAACAAAGAUCCAUAAUUUGGGAUGGUCUCCGAAAAUAUCUCUUGUUCAAGGUUUACAGUUGUGCAAACAACUGCUUGACUCUCCCAUCGAAUAA